AUGUUGACACCGUCGCAGUGGGCUGGCACGAACCCUCCCCCUAGGUGGACUGGCUACCAGAAUCCGGGUUGGCCCGGCUGCUGUCGUCCCCCCAGACAAGACGAGCAAAGGCUCAUAGGCGCGGCAGAUUGGCCUGCUGUCAGCGUAGUUCAUCACGUUCCGAUCCCGACGGACAUCAAAGCUCUUCUGGAUACUAUCACAUCGAAAGGUAGCUCAGGGAGUCCGAUGGGGAGCAUUCGCAUCACCAACGCUCAGUCCUCAGCUCCCUCGAUGGUACGCAGAGCCAGCUACCAGGUAGCUAGUCCAACCAGGGUGGACGCCACCUCUGGUAGAACGCCCGCCGUGUCUAUCCCUAGCAGAGGGCGAUCCGGGGGGAGUCCUCAGCAAGGGACCAUGCCGCUUUCCGGUAACUCGUCUCGAAACGCCAACGUAAACGCAGAUGGGGCUGCAUCGUCACUGCCAAGUCGAUCCGCAAUGGAUCAAUAUCAAGCGGGGCGCCGCACCAACGACCAUAGUGAACGGCGUUCAGAGUCAACCAAUACGUCUCAGCACUCUCCUGGACACAGGAAUGCUGAUUUGGGUGGUUCACUAUCCCGACGUAGCACCGAGCGACGGCCGUCCAUAUCAACGGCCGCUCCGUCCAUGUCGGUUAGCAAAGUCACUGUUGAUGUUCAGCCCCAACGUCGUCGUGCGCAAACCACCAACAACCCGAGCUCUCCCCCAGCUUCUGCAUCUAACACACGAACGACGGAGCGUGCGAAUACCUCUCCGGCUCAGCUACAGCGCCGUGGAAGCACGCUGGAGAAAUCGCUGGCGUCAAUGAGUAUUUCUAGCGCUUCAAGCAGCAGCAGUGGGAGCAACUCGGAGACCACUGUGAUCUCCGACGGAGGGUUCACAGAUUACUUGUCAGAUGAGUCCGAAGCGGAACUACAGCGACAGGCAGAGGUCAAAGCUGCACUACUCGCCCAGAAUCACCUGGAGGAACAAGAAUUUAGGGCAGCUCGUCAGCAACUUGCAUCUAUUGAUCUUCGCCCUCCAAAGUCCUGGAACGGAAAUAUGAACAGUGCGUCCUCUCCUCAUGGUCAUUAA